UUUGUUUAGAAGAAAGAAGAAGAAGAAGGAUAGGAGAUGAUGAACAGAUUUAUAACAUGUUUGGUGUUAGGUCUUGUUUGGUUGUGUGGAGCAGAAGGAGCAAUAAUGAUGGAUGUAAUGAAGAAAAUCCAUGAGAUAAACAAGGAAGGUCAAUAUUUGGGUAUAGUUAUUCCAAACAGCUUCGAGAUGACUCCAUUUUUACAGUCUUCAAGCUUCGUCCCUCAUCCCAAACUUCCUCAUCUUGAUUUUGCAGGAAGAAGAUUCAGGUUUGGAAAAGUGAAUACCAAGAGGGUUAUUGUUGUUAUGACAGGAUUAAGCAUGUUAAAUGCAGGUGUAAGCACUCAAUUAUUGGUGAGUUUGUUCAAAUUAAAAGGAGUAGUUCAUUUUGGAAUUGCUGGAAAUGCAAAUCCUCAACUCCAAAUUGGAGAUGUAACAAUCCCUGAAUUCUGGAGUCACUCCGGACUUUGGAAUUGGCAAAGGUUCGGAGAUGGUCCUCAAAAUGAGUUAGCCCUAGAAUCAACUGGCGACUAUACCCGCGACAUAGGUUUCCUUAAAUUUUCUGACUUUAACAACGCCACAUCCGAUAACCUUCUUAACAAUGUGUGGUAUCAACCCGAAGAAAUCUUCCCCGUCGAUGGAACACCAGAAAUUAGGCAACACGCUUUUUGGGUCCCGGUCAAUAAACGAUAUUUUCAACUAGCAAAGCGUCUCGAGGGGAUGAAGUUGAAUGGUUGCGUGAACCAAACAUGUUUGCCAAGAAAACCGGUGGUUAUAAGGGUGAAAAGAGGGUUAAGUGCGAAUGUUUUUAUCGAUAACGCGGCGUAUAGGGGAUUUUUGUUCUCAAAAUUUAACGCUACCGCAAUUGAUAUGGAGAGCGCGGCUGUGAGUUUGGUUUGUUUGCAGCAAAGGGUUCCAUUUUUGGCAAUUAGAGCUUUGUCUGAUUUAGCUGGUGGAGGUUCCUCUGAAUCUAAUGAAGCUGCUAUUUUUUCAUCUCUGGCUGCACAAAAUUCUGUUGAAGUUGCUAUUCAGUUCAUCAAUUUGUUGCCUUAAUUAUUAUUAUCUUAAGGGGAACUACGUUGUAAGUUGAAUAAAGAAAUUAUAUAUGUAUAUAUAAUUUCACUCAAUUUUAUUGUGAACUUUAAUGCUGAUGUAUUGUUAAAAAAAGAAAUAUAAUUUCACUCC